CACGUUUUUUCGAUUAUACACUUUGUUAAUUAAUUCUAUCAAUCAACAACAAUAGAUAUUCUUCAUUUAAUUUUUAAAGAUACUAUCUAAGUUUUUAUUUCCGCGCCAGGAGCAUCUUGAGAAUCAAUUAAUCGAGUUGAAUCCACCGAAUGAAAAAGAUCGAUUUUAUUCGAUAAAUGUCGGUUGCCACAAGGAGUCAUCAUAUCACCUCUCAUCCAGAGAAAAUUGUGUUCAUUCGUUAAAAAAAAUUUUGUAUUGUCGCACAAUAAUUAGAGAUGCCUUCAGCAGAUGUUGCGAUGCUCGUGGACAUGGGAUUCACGUUGUCCAAGGCGGAAAAAGCUCUCCAGAUGACUGGAAACAAGGGAGUGGAGCCUGCGAUGGAGUGGUUACUCGCACAUUCUGACGAUGGUGAACCUAGUGCUGAGUCACUAGAGGUUCAGGCCUCAGGAAGUGCACCUCCGGAAGAGGCGAAAUCCUCUGAAGCAACUGAGGAAUCUGCAACAGAGGCUAAAUCACUCAAAUGCGAUGUAUGUGGGAAAUUAUUCAAAUCCUCUCUGGAGGUUGAGUUCCACGCCACGAAAUCCGGUCACGAUAGUUUUUCAGAGAGUCUAGAGGAGAAAAAACCUCUGACUGAUGAAGAGAAGAAGGAGAAACUUAGACUUUUGGAAGAGAGAAUGAAACAGAAGAGGAAGGAGCGCGAGGAGAAUGAGAAGCAAGAGGCUUACGAACGAGAGAAAUUCAGGAUAAAAUCUGGGAAAGAGAUUGCUGAGGCCAGGCGCAGACUGGAGGAAUUAGAAAUGAAAAAGCUCCUGGAGCAACGGAAGCGAGAAAAAGAAGAGGACAGAAUUGCUCGUCAAAAAAUUCGAGAGCAAAUUGAGGCGGAUAAAGCUGCAAGACGAGCUAAACAAGCAGAAGAAAGUGGACAACCAGCUGUCUCUGCCACGAGUCCCACAACUCCCACUUCGGUGGCCCCUGCACCCAAACGGGAUUACAAUCAAACAAAAAUUCAGAUACGUUUGACGAAUGGAGAAACACUGACUCAGAGUUUUGGCUCCAAGGAGCAACUGUCAGCUGUUCGUUUGUACGUGGAAAUGCACAGGACAGAUCCGCCAGGGCCGUUCAAUCUCAUGACUAGUUUUCCCAGAAAAGUGUUCCAGACUGACGAUUACGAUGCGCCUCUGGAUGUUCUUGGUCUGGUACCAUCAGCUGUCGUAAUUGUACAAAAAAACGUAGAAUGAUGAAGGAGAUGAACUGAUGACAGAGACAACACUUCUCCACAGGUUAUAAAUAUGAAAAUAAUUUCUUAAUUAAGACAUUUUUAUUGAUACUAUUAAUGUAAAUGUGUCGGCAUUGAAAAUGCGAUAUCUUAUGGGAUUAAACUGAACUCGGUGAAAUAUAAA